CCUGGGGCGGCAACGGCCCCAACGGCCCCGGCCCGAGGCCGCGCUGAGGGCGCGGGGCCGCCGACCCUCGGAGCACCAGAGCCGGCGCUGCGGCCCCGGGCCAUUCGCAAGAUGCUAUCUCUAGUAUAGUAUACGGACAUUUGAAAUGUUUGUAAAACUCCAAAUGGAAUGGAAAUGCUGCAGCAUUGAAUAAAACCAGUAUGAAAGCUGUGGUGACAGGAGGUGGUGGCUAUUUUGGAUACAAGCUGGGAUGUGCUCUUGCCAGCAAAGGAGCUUCUGUUGUUCUCUAUGACAUGAACGAGCCUAUUUGGGAAAUUCCCAGUGGAGUGAUGUGUAUCCAGGCAGACCUCAGGAAUUACUGUGCCAUACUUGGAGCCUGUGAACAGGCUGACGUUGUGUUUCAUGUAGCUUCAUAUGGAAUGUCAGGAAAAGAGCAAUGGCAGAAAGAACAGAUUGAAAGCAUAAACAUCAAUGGAACAAGAUACAUCAUUGAUGCUUGCAAAGAGCACAACAUCUCUCGGCUGAUCUACACCAGUACAGUGAAUGUGGUGUUUGGAGGGCUUCCCAUUGAAGAUGGGGAUGAGGAAUCUGUGCCAUAUUUUCCACUUGACAAGCACGUUGAUCAUUAUUCCAGAACCAAAUCCAUCGCAGAACAAAUGGUACUGGCAGCUAAUGGGACUCCACUAGCAGGAGGUGGAAUACUCCAUACGUGUGUUAUUCGCCCCCCAGGAAUCUAUGGACCAGAAGAGCAAAGACACUUGCCAAGGCUAGCAAAGCUUAUUCAGAGAGGGCUACUUAGCUUCAAGUUUGGGGACCCUUCUGCUAAAGUGAACUGGGUGCAUGUAGAGAAUCUUGCCCAAGCUCACAUUCUAGCUGCUGAAGCUCUCACCCCCCAGAAGAACUACAUAGCUAGUGGCCAGGUGUAUUUCAUUAAUGAUGGCGAAAAAUACAACAUUUUUGAAUGGUUAACUCCACUUUUUGAAAGAUUAGGUCGCUGGAAGCCAUGGAUACGUAUUCCUACUUGCUUGGUUUAUGCAUCAGCCAUGGCAAUGGAAUACCUUUAUCUGACGCUGAAACCAAUUGUUGAACUGUCCCCAGUGCUGACCAGAAAUGAGGUACUGAAUAUUUCUGUAACUCACACAUUUAAAAUAGACAAGGCACGGACUCAACUGGGGUACAGACCAAAGAAGUUUGUGUUUGCUGAUUCCGUGGACCACUACAUUAAAACCACACCAAGAGGCCGGAACCAUCACAUCCUCCUCAAAGUUUUGAUUCUUUUCAUUGUUAUGUUCAGUUUUAUCUGUCUUUCUUUGGGAUGUUAUGGCCUUUCACUUUUGCGUUCUUUUAGAGAAAGACGAUACUGACUUGCCUAAGCUGGACAUACUCAGUCACAGCAUUACCACCCAGAUCAUUCCAAUCUCCACUAUAGUCACUGGCCCCAGUGCAAUAAACAGGCAGCUAUUUUUAAAUUUGCAGACAGAAUCGUAUAACAUCUCACUAGCUGCACCUGAGAAAUUAAAAUACAGUAAACUAUUAUGGCCAAAUCACCCAAACAGACCAGAGUCAGGAUUGUUGCCUCUAUUUCACAUCAGAAAAACAACUUUCAAAAUUGAUUGCUGAAGUGAAUGAGAACCUGCAGAAAGAACAAGAGCUACAGCCAGCUGAAACAAAAAGACUGACCACAGCUUCUGCCAUGACUCACUACCACUACCUUGGGGAACAGAGGAACCAAGGAAAGGACAGCCAGAACAGGCUUCUGUGAAUAACACACACCAGCUGUAGAGAGACUUCUCGCUGUGCAAAUUGGUGAAUUAGCUGUUUCAGUGCAUCUGAGGGAAAAUAAAAGUGUACUUCAAACUUU